AUGCACAUCGCGACGGGUCUGUCGCCGGCGACCGGCGAGAUGCUCGACGCGUCCGCCCUCAGCCUGUACGCGGACGCGGGCGACCUCUGCGCCGCUUACUACACUGUGGACACCGUGCCUGAGUCCUCGCACACGGUCGAGAUAGAGUACGUGUACGAGCAGCCGCAGAGGGAGCAGUCGGCCAGCGAUGGGUCUUCGGAGACGCCUUCGGAGGCCAAGAAGAGGCCGGUCAAGCACAGGCCGGAGAGAGCCCUCGACGAGCAGGACGCCGACCUGACGAACCUCAACUGGCUGCAGAACAUAACGAACAUAAUGUCCGUGCCGCAGAUACCGAUGCCGCCGAUAUCGCCGAGCCCGCAGUCGAGGCCGCCGAACACUAGGCUACACAAGUUCAACCAGACGAUAGCGAAGUGCCAGAACGACUUUGUACUAAACAGGGAGGAGUAUCAGACGAACAGCGAGAAGAAACCGCCGUACUCCUACAGCACACUGAUCUGCAUGGCAAUGAGGUACAACAACGACAAAAUGACCCUGUCCGCGAUCUACGCCUGGAUCAAGGAGAACUUCAAGUACUAUAGGUGCGCGGACCCCACGUGGCAGAACUCGAUACGGCACAACCUGUCCCUGAACAAGGUGUUCGUGAAGGUCGCCAGAUCAAAGCACGAGCCAGGCAAGGGCGGCUUCUGGAGGCUGGACCUGGCGCAUCUAGAAGGCACCAAGAGGAUAUCGAGCAGACCGCACAAGAAGAAGAAGUGUGCCGUCUCCUCGGAUCAAAGCUCAAACGGAACCGGCAAUACGAACGCCAACCCUAAACCAGAUGAGGACAAGAUCGCCGUCGCUCACAUCCCACAGCUGCAAGGCGUGAACGACAUCAGUUUGGCCAACGUAUCCUUACACCUGCCCGAGUUCGGCCUGGACAUCGGAACGAUCCCUAUGGAGUUGGAGACCAACGUUGGAGCCAACGUGAUAGUGGAGCCGGUGGCACCGCCCCCCCUCAUCUCCGACCCAGAGCCAGACGAUCUGACCUCGCUGCUCCUCAACCCCACGGAUUGGGACGACCUCCAGCUGGACAUGCUCGACAGCUAUCUGGACUCCUGUUUCAAG